UCGCGACUCCGACGUCCCCGACGUCUCCGGUACACGUGCUCAGCUUGUCGGCAUCUUGGACUCUAUUUCUGACUCGCCCCGUGUGCGCACCACGGCGCAUCUCCACGCCGUGGCUCUCCCGCGAGGAAGGGCCUUCGUGCGUACCGUCGCGAGCACCCGCGCGCUCUUCCCGCUUGCACUUCAGCCCUCGGUCCCUUCGUAGUAAAAUACGAGACGUUACCAGUGUCACGUAUGAACAUGUGUCGCACGGACGGCACAUACGCACGCUGGACUGCCCUACGCACACAUCUUGCAUUUAUUUUUACGCCGCUUCUUUCACCUUCCUAUCCUUUUGGACGCGAAUCUUUCCGUAGAACCAGCUCUUCGCAGACUCCUCAACUCGUCCACUCACCGUUCCAUAUGUGAUUGCUGAUGUAUCUGCAAUACACGUAUGAACGUACGCGAGAAUAAGAGUCUCAAUGAUUUUAUCCGCUUGACAUGACUCAAAGUACUUAGGUUUUUUUUUACCCUUAGCAUAUUCUUCGUGUCCGCUCUUUUUGACAUGCUGCAAGUAAUGUGUAAUGCAAAGUGGAAAUGUAAAAUAUUACACGUUUUAGUUUUAUAAAUUUUGUAUGCAGUUUAUAUAAUGUGUAUUAUUAAUUCUUUGACCUGUUUAUAGUAAGAAUGGUAAUAAAAUUUAAAAAACUUGGUAUCAAUCUAGCCAUAUCGAUUUGUUAAUAACGUUAAAGCGGUAUUAGAGUUUCCGAAUGCAAUGCUACUAGGAAGCGUAAUGUGGCAACCAACUCAGGCCGAUGUUGCAGUACUCGAGGCACUGGGGAAAGCACCGACAUCUUCAAACCCUCAUGUACUCCGUUGGUACAACCACAUAAGAUCGUACGACUUUAAGUCACUUCCCGGAGAAAAGAAAGCCCCUGCCAUCUUUAGCACCGCGAGCGCCCCGGCUUCGUCCACGGGAAAGGCGAACGACGAUGACGAUGACCUAGAUUUAUUUGGUUCGGACGAGGAGGAGGACGCGGAAGCCGCGAAAAUCAGGGAGGAAAGGUUAAAGGCGUACGCGGAGAAGAAAUCAAAAAAGCCCGUGGUUAUCGCCAAGUCGAGUAUCGUGCUGGACGUGAAAAGCUGGGGAGAUGAAACCGAUAUGAAGGAAAUGGAGAACGCGGUGAGAUCGAUUCAGAUGGACGGUCUUGUUUGGGGUGCAUCAAAACUUGUCCCAGUGGGCUACGGCAUACACAAGUUACAGAUAAUGUGUGUGAUAGAAGACGAGAAAGUAUCGGUGGAUUUACUGAUUGAACAGAUUCAAGAAUUCGAGGAAUUCGUUCAAUCUGUAGACAUUGCUUCGUUCAACAAGAUCUAAGGGACAAAAAAAACAAAAACAGCUCAUUACUUUUAAUAUUGGAUUAAUAAAUAUUAAUUGUUUGUAUAUACACAAUUUGUUACUCUCUUAAUAUACCCGCAGGAUUCCUUGUGCAGUCUUCAAGAGUAAUACAAUUUUACUAAAGCUU